AUGUUCGCUUGGUUGGUACACGCAAUCAGACAUGAAACCUCCUUCUUGAUUCAUAAGGAAACAAGACAACUAUUAUCUAUUCAUAACUUUUUAGUUAAAAACUGUAUUAAGCAGGAUAUGAUGGUGAUCCGGUUAACAUUAUGGAUCUUGGGUCUUUUUCUGGUAGUUACUUUGGUAGCAGGAAUUUCUAUCCAGGAACAAAUCACUGCUGAGGAGAUGAAGAUGGUAAAGGGAGACCCUAAAGUCACUCACAAGAUUGUAUUCAAGAUCAACAGAUUUAAUAGAGAAGAUAGAAGCGUAGAGGAGAUUGGAGAUAUACAUAUAGCGUUAUUUGGUGAGACAGUUCCAAAAACUGUAAAUAACUUUGUUGAAUUAUCGAGAGGUACCAAAGGAUUCGGUUAUGGUCAAAGUAUAUUCCAUAGGAUCAUUAAAGAUUUCAUGGUGCAAGGAGGUGACUUUGAAAACUCAAAUGGUUCAGGAGGUUUCUCCAUUUAUGGGAAAAGUUUUGCGGAUGAAAACUUUGAGUUGAAGCAUGAUAAAUUGGGGCGGUUAUCUAUGGCCAACGCGGGGCCUAAUACUAACGGAGCACAAUUUUUUAUCACCACUAGAAAGGAUUGUGGUUGGUUAAAUGGUCAUCAUGUUGUAUUUGGUCAAGUAGUCAACGGAUUUGACACAUUAAUGGAAAUGAACAUCGCGGAUACUAAUAAGGAUUCAAAGCCUUUCAGGGAUAUAUACAUUAAAGAAAUAUUUGCAUUUGAUAUCCGAACGGAUGAAGUUACAGGAGAAACAAGUUAUCAACCAAUUAGACUGCCUCCAACAUCUUACUAUGGCUUAUUGUUCAUUUCCUUAUUGGUUAUUGCUGGCUGGUAUUUUGCUAAAUGGCAUUUCAAAAACCAAAGAUUAACGGAUAUAAGAGAAAACAUUGACUACUUUUAA